AUGUCUGGAAGGGGAGAUAACACUGUGAGAAAUCGAGAUCCAGCACCCAUUCAAAUCACUGCUGAACAACUUUUGCGAGAUACAAAAGAACGUCAGUCUUCUGAAGUGAAAACGCCUAUUCAGAAGAUUCAAAACUCGGAGGAAUUGGCCGAAUGGAGAUUUCUUCAGCGUCGUCACUUUGAAGAAGGUAUAAAGAACCAGAGACAGCACAUGGGAAACUACAUAAAAUAUGCAAAAUGGGAAGAGAAGCAGGAUGAAAUCGAGAGAGCCCGAAACAUAUAUGAGCGUGCAUUGGACGUCGAUCCGACAGCUUAUUCUGUGUGGAUAAAAUAUGCGGAGUUUGAGGUGCGAAAUCGCAACAUCAAUCAUGCUCGCAACGUAUACGACCGAGCUGUAACGAUUCUUCCUCGUGUGGACCAACUUUGGUACAAAUUCGCCUAUCUGCAAGAGAGCAUCGGCGACAUCAUCUCCACUCGCACCGUCUUCGAGCGCUGGAUGCAGUCCUUCCCCAAUGAGCAAGCCUGGCUGACCUACAUCAAAUUCGAGCAGCGCUGCGGGAAACUGGACAACGUCCGCAAGCUCUACGAGCGAAUGAUCGACCAGCUCCCCGAGCAAUCGUCGUACAUCAAAUUCGCGAAGUGGGAGGAGCGAAACGGAAACAAACAAGCCUGCCGCGCCGUCUUCGAGCGCGCCACGACGGAACUUCACCAAGAGAACGUGGACGAAGAUUUGUAUCUGGAGUUCGCCAAGUUCGAGAUUCGGUGCAAAGAGAUCGACCGCGCACGUGCCAUUCUGAAAUGGGCGCUGGAGAAUCUGCAGGGCCCCAAAGACACGCUCACGGCGGAAUACACGCUGUUCGAGAAGCAGUACGGCACGAUGGACAACAUCGAGACCAUCCUUUUAGCCAAGCGCAGAGACCAAUACGAGGCCAUCGUCAAGGAAACGCCCUUCGAUUACGACGCCUGGUUCGACUAUCUGAAGAUGCUCGAGCAGCAGAACCGGCCCUCGGAGGUCGUGGAAGCCUACGAACGCGCGGUGUCGAACGUCCCGCCGAGCAAGGAGAAGCGGUUUUGGCGGCGCUAUAUUUAUCUGUGGAUCUACUACGCUCUCUACGUCGAACUCGAGCUCGAGGACGCCGAUCGCGCCCGCGAGGUCUACAAGAAGUGCAUUCAGACCAUUCCGCACAAGAGCUUCACCUUCGGAAAGAUCUGGAUUCUCUACGCGAAGCUGGAAAUCCGCCAAAACAACCUCGCCAAGGCGCGGAAGAUCCUGGGCGAAGCCAUCGGCCGCUGCCCCAAACCGAAUCUUUUCAAGUUCUACAUCGCUUUGGAGUGUCGUUUAAUGAACAUGGAUCGCUGCCGCGCCAUUUACAACAAGUUCAUCGAGUUCGAUCCCUCGCGGUGCGCCACGUGGAUUCAGUUCGCCGAAUUCGAACAGAACCUCUCCGAAACCGAGCGUGCCGCCGCCAUCUACGAGCUGGGCAUUUCUCAGGAGUCGCUGGACACGCCCGAGCUGCUCUGGAAGAAGUAUAUUGACCUGGAGAACACGCUGGAGCACCGAGAAAAGGUGGAAGAGCUGUUCGAGCGAUUGCUGCAAUUGGCCUCGCACAGCAAGGUCUUCAUUGCGUAUGCGCAGUUCGAGAGUAAAUGGGACGCGGAGAAGGCCAGAGCGAUCUUGGAGCGCGGUAUCGAGGAGUUCAAACUGAGCGGAGAGAACGCGAUGCGCCAUCAGCUGCUUGUGUGUCUGAAAAGUCUGGAGGAGAGUCUGGAGGACAACGACGAGCGCAUACAGAAGGUGCAGAAGCGGCAGGCGCGGAUUGUGCAUAAACAGAGGGAGAACCCGGAGACGGGAAUUAAGGAGGAUUAUAUUGAUUAUGAGUUCCCGGACGAUGCGAUGGAGUCGAUGCAGAUGCAGUUCUUGAAGGCUGCGGAGAAAUGGAAGAUGGCUGCGCAGAAGAAGCAAGCAGAGGAGAAGCAGGAAGAAAGUGAAGCGAAGAGAUCGAAGGUGGAGGGAGAGGAGAAGUAGUGAGUGAACGAUGGGUUAGUUU